UCCGGCCUGAGCGGUCCACCUUACUUCCGGUCACUGCAUUCCAUUCCACACACAGGAAAAUCACGUGAUGGUUAACACAGUAGUGAAGAAGACUUCCGGUGAGUGUGAGACACCCAGCAGCCAUCACAUUGUGUGUAGGACUGAGCAGGACCCAGAGCCCCAUCACGGUGCCUCCAUCUCAGUCACUGACACAUGAGAGACACAAUGAUCAGAAGAUCCUGGAACUCACCAACAAGAUCAUUCAGCUGCUGACUGGAGAGGAGGGGGAGUAUAUAGAGGAACACAGGGGUCUGUACAACGACGUGAUGAUGGAGAAUCACCGGCCCCUCACAUCACUGGAUGGGCCCAGUAACAGAGAUACCCCAGAGAGAUGUCCCCGUCCUCUGUAUUCCCAGGAUUGUACAGAGGAGAACCACAGGAUCCCACAGGAGGAUCAGGAUGACUGCCUGACUGAUAUAAAGGCAGAAGAUACAGAGGGAGAAGAAGAGACUUAUGUGACUGAUAUAAAGGCAGAAGAUAUAGAGGGAGAAGAAGAGACGUAUGUGACUGAUAUAAAGGCAGAAGAUACAGAGGGAGAGGAAGAGAUGUAUGUGACUGAUAUAAAGGCAGAAGAUAUAGAGGGAGAAGAAGAGACGUAUGUGACUGAUAUAAAGGCAGAACAUAUAGCGGGAGAAGAAGAGACGUAUGUGAGGGGUGAUCAGCAGUGUAAGGAGGAGGAGAUCCCUACAGAUAUCAGCACAGCAGAUGGACCCACAAGCAGGAAUAUCUCAGAAGUACAUCUAAUGUUAUCCCUGGAUUGUGACAUAACAGAUAAUGACAGUAGACAGGAUUCUCCAGGAGAUAAUCCCAUUACCCCAGUUAUACAUCCAGCUUUAUCAACUAAUCCCCCUGAUCCUGGGAAAUGUUCUCCUGAUCACUCUGAUAUUGGUGCAUCUAUUACAGCUCUGAGAUUAGAUAAAGAGUUUCCCUGUUCUACAGAUGCCAAAUGUUUUACACAGAACACAAACCGUAUUACUCAUCAGCCAGCUAAGGCAGGUGAGAUGCCAUUUCCAUGUUCUGAGUGUGGGAAAUGUUUUACAUAUAAAUCAAAUCUUGUUACACAUCAGAGAAGUCACACAGGUGAGAAGCCGUAUUCCUGUUCUGAGUGUGGGAAAUGUUUUGUACAGAAAUCAAGUCUUUUUAAACAUCAGAGAAGUCACACAGGUGAGAAGCCGUAUUCCUGUUCUGAAUGUGGGAAAUGUUUUACAUAUAAAUCAAAUCUUGUUACACAUCAGAGAAGUCACACAGGUGAGAAGCCGUAUUCCUGUUCUGAGUGUGGGAAAUGUUUUGCACAGAAAUCAAGUCUUUUUAAACAUCAGAGAAGUCACACAGGUGAGAAGCCGUAUUCCUGUUCUGAGUGUGGAAAAUGUUUUGCAUAUAAAUCGGAUCUUUUUAAACAUCAGAUAAGUCACACAGGUGAGAAGCCAUUUUCCUGUUCUGAGUGUGGGAAAUGUUUCACACAGAAAUCAGCCCUUGUUCCACAUAAGAGAAGUCACACAGGUGAGAAGCCAUAUACCUGUUCUGAGUGUGAGAAAUGUUUUGCAUCGAAACCAAAUCUGGUUAAACAUCAGAGAAGUCACACAGGUGAGAAGCCGCAUUUCUGUUCUGAGUGUGGGAAAUGUUUUGCAUCUACAUCAGAUCUUGUUACACAUCAGAGAAGUCACACAGGUGAGAAGCCAUAUUCCUGUUCUGAGUGUGGGAAAUGUUUUUCAUCUAAAUCAAUUCUUGUUAAACAUCAGAGAAGUCACACAGGUGAGAAGCCGUAUUCCUGUUCUGAGUGUGGGAAAUGUUUUGCAUUUACAUCAGCUCUUGUUAAACAUCAGAGAAGUCACACAGGUGUGAAGCCGUAUUCCUGUUCGGAGUGUGGGAAAUGUUUUUCAUCUAAAUCAAAUCUUGUUAAACAUCAGAGAAGUCACACAGGUGAGAAGCCGUAUUCCUGUUCUGAGUGUGGGAAAUGUUUUGCACAGAAAUCAAGUCUUUUUAAACAUCAGAGAAGUCACACAGGUGAGAAGCCGUAUUCCUGUUCUGAAUGUGGGAAAUGUUUUGCAUCGAAAUCAAAUCUUGUUACACAUCAGAGAAGUCACACAGGUGAGAAGCAGUAUUCCUGUUCUGAGUGUGGAAAAUGUUUUGCAUAUAAAUCGGAUCUUUUUAAACAUCAGAGAAGUCACACAGGUGAGAAGCCGUAUUCCUGUUCUGAGUGUGGGAAAUGUUUCACACAGAAAUCAGCCCUUGUUACACAUAAGAGAAGUCACACAGGUGAGAAGCCAUAUACCUGUUCUGAGUGUGAGAAAUGUUUUGCAUCGAAACCAAAUCUGGUUAAACAUCAGAGAAGUCACACAGGUGAGAAGCCGUAUUCCUGUUCUGAGUGUGGGAAAUGUUUUGCAUCUACAUCAGAUCUUGUUAAACAUCAGAGAAGUCACACAGGUGAGAAGCCGUAUUCCUGUUCUGAGUGUGGGAAAUGUUUUUCAUCUAAAUCAGCUCUUGUUACACAUCAGAGAAGUCACACAGGUGAGAAGCCAUUUUCAUGCUGUGAGAGAAAUAAAUCCGCUCUUGUUGAACAUAUUAGACAUUACCCAAGCACGGAACCAUUUAAGUCUUCUCGAGGGGAAUUUCUCACAGGAAUCCAGGCCUUGUACUCGAGCCCUUCCGCCAGAGUAUCUGUAAAUGGAGUGCAGUCGGACCCUCUAGUUAUCUCCAAUGGUACCAGACAGGGCUGCCCACUCUCGCCUCUGAUCUUUGCCUUAGUUAUAGAGCCAUUAGCAGCCCGCAUUCGAGCCUCGCCCGACAUCGGUGGGCUGAGGGUGGGGGGUUCUACUUACAAAAUAUCUCUGUUUGCAGACGAUGUCCUCCUAUCGCUUUCCUCGCCACACACCUCUUUGCCGAACCUUUUUGACCUCCUCUUUGAAUAUGGCCAAGUCUCGGGGUACAAAGUUAACUGGUCCAAAACGGAAGCUCUCCCCUUCCACAUCCCCCCUCCCCGAUUAUCCCACAUGCAAAGCAACUUUAAAUUCACCUGGUGCGCUUCUAAAAUUCGUUAUCUGGGGAUCUUUAUUACACGCCGCUACGGAGACUUAUAUAAGGAAAACUUUUCGCCACUGCUCAGAAACCUUAAAGCCGACCUCCAUAAAUGGCAAUCACUAAUUAUCUCCUGGCUGGGUCGCAUUGUAGCUCUGAAAAUGAACAUUGUCCCCCGCCUGCUUUAUCUGUUUCAGACACUACCAGUGAAGGUUCCGGACUCUGUCUUAGCACACGUCCACUCAUGGUUGCUCCGCUUUGUGUGGAGAAACAAGGUGCCUAGGAUAGGCUUCUCAACUCUGCGCAAACCAGUGCAGGAAGGAGGUAGAGGCUUUCCAGAUAUCCGUCUAUACUAUUUGGCCUCCCAUCUCAGCCAGGCGGUUACCUGGUUUGCCCCUACACAGGCUUUACGCUGGCUUCAGCUGGAGACGGCGCUUAGCCACAUCCCAUCUUUGUCAUCCCUACUCCUAUCCCCUUUUAGAACUAGAUCUCCCCACCUACAACUGCACCCGGUGCUAGAUUUCACCUGUCAGAUCUGGGACUACUGCACACGACGCUUUCACUUACUGUCAUCUCCCUCGGCGCUUACCCCCUUAUGGGACAACCCUUCUUUCGCACCGGGUCAGUCACUGACCCGCUCGCGUCCAUGGGUGGAACGGAACCUCCGCUUUGCCCUGGACGUGCUCUCCGAGGGAACUUGUGCUCCUCUAUCGGAUAUCAUGACGAAAUUUGACUUCCCGGAGGCGAACCCUUUCACCUAUUUCCAGCUGAGACACUUUGUCUCAUCUUUAUCAAACUCGUCCCCGUUCCAACCUCUCACCACGCUGGAGUCCUACUGUUAUCACAAACCACUCGAACGUGGAAUCAUCUCUCUGCUGUAUUCCCUUCUCCAGACUCGGGACCAGAAGACGACCCCGGCCUUCGUUCUCCAGUGGGAACGGGAUCUAGGUCCGGUGCCUGAUGGCUAUGAUUGGUCGGAUAUCUUCACUGCGGUCGCGAAGUCCUCUAUCUCAACCCUGUUUCCAGCAGAUGGACCCACAAGCAGGAAUAUCUCAGAAGGACAUCUAAUGUUAUCCCUGGAUUGUGAAAUAACAGAUAACGACAGUAGACAGGAUUCUCCAGGAGAUAACCUCAUUAUCCCAAUUAUACAUCCAGCUCUAUCAACUGAUCCCCCUGAUCCUGGGAAAUCUUCUCCUGAUCACUCUGAUAUUGGUGCAUCUAUUACAGCUCUGAGAUUAGAUACAGAGUUUCCCUGUUCUACAGAUGCCAAAUGUUUUACACAGAACACAAACCGUAUUACUCAUCAGCCAGCUAAGGCAGGUGAGAGGCUAUUUCCAUGUUCUGAGUGUGGGAAAUGUUUUACAUAUAAAUCAGAUCUUGUUACACAUCAGAGACGUCACACUGGUGAGAAGCCAUUUCCAUGUUCUGAGUGUGGGAAAUUUUUUACAAGUAAAUCAAAUCUUGUUACACAUCAGAGAAGUCACACAGGUGAGAAGCCGUAUUCCUGUUCUGAGUGUGGGAAAUGUUUUGCACAGAAAUCUGAUCUUUUUAAACAUCAGAGAAGUCACACAGGUGAGAAGCCGUAUUCCUGUUCUGAGUGUGGGAAAUGUUUUGCAUCGAAAUCAUAUCUUGUUACACAUCAGAGAAGUCACACAGGUGAGAAGCCGUAUUCCUGUUCUGAGUGUAUGAAAUGUUUUCCACAGAAAUCAGAUCUUAUUACACAUCAGAGAAGUCACACUGGUGAGAAGCCAUUUCCAUGUUCUGAGUGUGGGACAUUUUUUGCAUCGAAAUCAAAUCUUGUUACACAUCAGAGAAGUCACACAGGUGAGAAGCCGUAUUCCUGUUCUGAGUGUGGGAAAUGUUUUGCACAUAAAUCGUCUCUUUUUAAACAUCAGAGAAGUCACACAGGUGAGAAGCCGUAUUCCUGUUCUGAGUGUGGGAAAUUUUUUGCAUCGCAAUCAAUUCUUGUUACACAUCAGAGAAGUCACACAGGUGAGAAGCCGUAUUCCUGUUCUGAGUGUGGGAAAUGUUUUGUAUCGAAACCAAAUCUUGUUACACAUCAGAGAAGUCACACAGAUGAGAAGCCGUAUUCCUGUUCUGAGUGUGGGAAAUGUUUUGUAUCGAAACCAAAUCUUGUUACACAUCAGAGAAGUCACACAGGUGAGCAGCCAUAUUCCUGUUCUGAGUGUGGGAAAUGUUUUGCACACAAAUCAUCUUUUGUUAGUCAUCAGAGAAGUCACACAGGUGAAAAGCCGUAUUCCUGUUCUGUGUGUGGGAAAUGUUUUCCACAGAAAUCGGCUCUUGUUACACAUCAGAGAAGUCACACAGGUGAGAAGCCGUAUUCCUGUUCUGAGUGUGGGAAAUGUUUUAGACAGAAAUCACAUCUUGUUACACAUCAGAGAAGUCAUACAGGUGAGAAGCCAUUUCCAUGUUCUGAGUGUGGAAAAUGUUUUACAUACAAAUCAGCUCUUGUUACACAUCAGAGAAGACACACAGGUGAGAAGCCAUUUCCAUGUGCUGAGUGCGGGAAAUGUUUUACCCGGAAAUCACAACUUGUUACACAUCAGCGAAGUCACACAGGUGAGAGGCCAUUUCCAUGUUCUGAGUGUGGGAAAUGUUUUACAUACAAAUCAACUCUUGAUGCACAUAAGAGAAAUCACACAGGUACAUCUCCAUUUCCAUGUUCUGAGUGUGGGAAAUAUUUUGCAUGUAAAUCACAACUUGUUGCACAUCAGAGAAGUCACACAGGUGAGAAACCAUUUCCAUGUUCUGAGUGUGGGAAAUUUUUUGUAUGGAAAUCACAACUUGUUAUACAUCAGAGAAGUCACACAGGUGAGAAGCCAUUUCCAUGUUCUGACUGUGGAAAAUGUUUUGCACGGAAAUCAGUUCUUGUUGCACAUCAGAGAAGUCACACAGGUGAGAAUCUAUUUCCAUGUUCUGAGUGUGGGAAAUGUUUUGUAUGGAAAUCACAACUUGUUAGACAUCAGCGAAGUCACACAGGUGAGAAUCUAUUUCCAUGUUCUGAGUGUGGGAAAUGUUUUGGACAGAAAUCAGAUCUGGUUAGUCAUAACCGAAGUCACACAGGUGAGAAGCCAAUUUCUUGCUCUGAGUGUGGGAAAUGUUUUACCCGGCAAUCACAACUUGUUAGACAUCAGCAAAGUCACACAGGUGAGAGGCCAUUUCCAUGUCCUGAGUGUGGGAAAUGUUUUGCACACAAAUCAGAUCUUGUUUUUCAUCAGAGAAAUCACACAGGUGAGAAGCCAUUUUCUUGCUCUGAGUGCGCAAAAUGUUAUACUCAGAAAUCACAACUUGUUAGACAUCAGAGAAGUCACACAGGUGAGAAUCCAAUUACUUGCUCUGAGUGUGGGAAAUGUUUUACAUGGAAAUCACAACUUGUUAAACAUCAGAGAAGUCACACAGGUGAGCAGCCGUUUCCAUGUUCUGAGUGUGGGAAAUGUUUUGCACAUAAAUCAUAUCUUAUUAAACAUCAGAGAACUCACACAGGUGAGAAGCCAUUUUCUUGCUCUGAGUGUGGGAAAUGUUUUACACAAAAAUCACAUCUUGUUAGACAUCAGCGAAGUCACACAGGUGAGAAGCCAUUUCCAUGUGCUGAGUGUGGGAAAUGUUUUACACAGAAAUUACAACUUGUUACACACCAGAGAAGACACACAGGUGAGAAGCCAUUUUAAUCUUCUGGAGUAUACUUAUCAUUGCCAUGCGAUGUUCUUCAAGGUUCUUAUCCUACCUCCUGUGCUUUUUUCAAUAUACAUGCUACCACUGGGUAUAAUAAUCAGAUGUCAUGCCAUCAUCUACCACUGCUAUGCAGAUCUGUCUUUUGCUCCGCGUACUGAAAACCCAGUACCAAUCCUAAAUGUCUAGCUGAGCUCCAGGUGUGGGUGAUGCCAGUUGGCUGUGACUCAGUCCUGGUGAAACAGGUUCUUAUGGUAGAAGCUCACCAUCAAAGGGCAGGGCUACAGCUCAGCUUCGUAAACCAGACUUAUGC